CGGCGGAAGAAGAAAGCAGGCUUUUUUAGAGAGGCUACUAUUUGCUCCGUCGACGUGCGAAGCGCCUUAAAAGAUCCAUCCCGACGCUUGAAGAGGGCAACCGGAGAGGGGGGAAAUCCGAACCCUAACCCUAACCCGAGAGAGAGAGAGAGAGAGAGAGAGAGAGAGAGAGAGAGAGUGAGAGAGAAUGGACGCCAUUAGGAAGCAGCUCGACGUGCUCAUGGGGGCCAACCGCAACGGGGACGUGAGGGAGGUGAGCCACAAGUACUACGACCGUGACGUCUGCCGCCUCUUCUUGGCCGGCCUCUGCCCGCACGACCUCUUCCAGCUCACGAAAAUGGAUAUGGGUCCUUGUCCGAAGAUUCACUCCUUGCAGCUGAGAAAGGAAUAUGAAGAGGCAAAAGUAAAAGGUGAUCAUAAUUUUCAUAGGGAACUUGAGGAUAUGAUAGAAAGACUUAUUGUUGAGUGUGAAAGGAAAAUUCAAAGGGCUCUAAAGCGACUUGAGGAUGAGGAUGCUACUGCUGCUGUAGCAAUAUCCGUAUCUAAGGUUACUCAGACACCUGAAGUCAUGGAACUGUCGAAACAGAUAAAGGAGAAACUAAAAGAAGCUGAUGUUUUUGAUUUCGAAGGAAAAACUGAUAGUAAAAUGCAGGUUUUAGAAUUGGUGGAAGACCUCAAAGGCCAAAGAGCUGACAAGCAGUCGGUGCUUCUUCUCGAUGCCUUCAACAAAGACAGGGCUUCUUUGCCAUUGCCAAAUCAGAAUCCUUCUCAACCAGCAUCCUUGCCUGUUGUCAAUCCUCCAGAUCGUCAUACACAGGAAAUGAUCAAUGAAAAACUUAAGAAAGCAGAGGAUCUUGGUGAGAGGGGACUGAUAGAUGAAGCCCAGAAAGCUCUAGAAGAAGCAGAAACUCUGAAAAAGCUGGGUGCACGGCAAGAGCCAAUCCUAGAAUCAUCAAAGUAUAGUGUUGCUGACGUACGAAUAACAGAUCAGAAGUUGCGUGUAUGUGAUAUAUGUGGAGCAUUCUUGAGCGUCUAUGACAAUGAUCGUCGCUUGGCUGAUCAUUUUGGAGGAAAACUUCACCUUGGCUAUAUGCUAAUCCGUGAAAAACUAGCAGAACUCCAGGUGCUGGUAUAAUGUUUCGCAUUCUCCAGUAAAGAGUUACGAUUAUUUUUGGCAUCAGUGAGUUUUCUUCCCUCAAUUGAAAAAUCACCACCAUGUAGUUAUGUUGAGUUUCUGUCUUCACUUCUUUUACUUGGCUAGUACAUUGUCAUGUGGGAGGGUCCCUUUGAAGUAGUGGACAUAUAUGGACUCAGAGAACUUCAUUCCUGUCCCCCGUCACGACAACUGCAAUCACUUAAGUCAAAGAAACUGUAAGCAGAUAAACAGUAUGUAGAGCAUAUUAAAAUUGGCAGCAUAGCAUUGUGUUUUUUCAUUUUGAUGUAACUGCUCACUUAUUCCUGACCUUGGUUCUUAUUUGUGAUUUUGGGUUGGAAACUAAGCAACAUUGCAACAGUUGUUUGGUAAAUUAUGAGCAAUUUUAACAAUAACUGUUUAUAUGAUUUGAAUGUUGUUUUUAAGCAACUAAUUUGCCUAGUUAGCAAAGGUUUUGGAAUUUACAAUGUCAUAAUGUGAUCAUCUCAUGCAAAGGAAUUCUGGAAUAGUUAUCCCUUAAUGUUAUAUGUUCUUCCCCAGUGGAGUUUGUAGAUCAUUAAUUCACUGCUUCUCAUUCAUAUAUUACAUGACAUGACAUGGACAUGGUAUUCGUUUGCAUGCAUUACUAAUGAUUUUAUAUAUGAAUACAUGUUUUGUAAAAGUCAUGAUCAUCAUUCUUGUACUACAUGUAAAUUGUAAAGGAUUAAAAUCAUUCACUAAGUACCUCGUAUUCAUAUACCAAACAUUAAGGAGAUAUUCACAGUAAUAGUAAGAUCCAAGCAAAUAAUCCAUAUUGAUAUAACUCCUGCAACAAUAACAUGUCAUUAAUAAAUCUAGAUGAUGCAUAUGCUGGUGUUAGACUGGUGUCGGACAUGAAUGCUCCAAGCAUUUGAUGUGGUUGUGAUGCAUUAUUUCUCAUUUCUGAUUGCAUCCUGAAUUUCUCGUCAAAUGUGUCCAAGGUUAUCUUAGAUGAUGGUGUUAUUAUGUGACUAGGAGAAAUUAAUUGUUUACUACUAUGUUAUCAAUUAUGUGCUGUAACCUUUGGUCAUUCUACUAUUCUUCCGAGAAUUCUUAAUUGUAGCUGAAAGUAAAUAUAAAGUGACACUCCCUGAAAGUGGUCAAUGUCAAAUUAUUUAGUUUAUGAAUGCCAUCCCAGAAGUCAUUUUCAUAGAAAUGGUUAGAUAAACUUCUAUAACUUAUUUGCACUUUGAUGACUUUGGAACAUGGAGAAUUGAACUCUGUGGAGUGGACUAUAACCAUAGCUGUUUGUAGCCUGUGAAUUAUGUGAUAU